AUGGAUAUCAUGAAUCACAUUAGAGGAUCUGGUCAUAAAAUUGAUGUCAAAUACAGACCAAUUUAUGUAGUGAAUUACUGCACAAUUGAAUCAUCUUGGAUUGGCUUUGAUGAUGGUGAGGCUAUCAAAGCUAAGGUUUCUUAUGCCAAGGAGAAGAAGCUACUGGGUUACUAUGUGUGGCGAGUUAGGUAUGAUGAUAAUUGGGUGCUUUCUCAAGCAGCAGCUGAGGCGGAUAUUAAAAAUUCUUCCGAUCAAGAGGGUAGUAAGAGGCAUUUGUUAGCCAUUAUUUUGUGCUCAACAGCAGUUGUUAUUCUUCUACUAGGAAUAGAUGUCGGACCGGGUGAAAGAUCCAAGUAUACAGUAAAUAAAGCAGCAGUAGAUUUUAGUAGCAGUGUUCCUAAUCUGGUGAUGUACACAUUGAAUGGCAUUGAGGCAGCUACAAAUGGAUUUUCAGUCAAAAAAAAGCUUGGGCAAGGUGGAUAUGGUCCUGUUUACAAGGGUAUACUACCGGAUGGACAAGAAAUUGCAAUGAAGAAACUUUCAAAAACAUCCAAACAAGGAUAUGAGGAAUUCAAGAAUGAAGUUAUGCUUAUUACAAAGCUCCAACAUAUAAAUCUUGUUAGAGUUUUGGGUUAUUGCAUUGACAGAGAAGAACAGAUGCUGGUCUAUGAAUACAUGGAAAACAAAAGCUUAGACUAUUUCUUAUUUGACCCUAAUAGAUAUUAUGUUUUGGAUUGGAAAAAGCAUGUGCAAAUUAUUGAAGGGGUUACUCAAGGGCUUCUAUAUCUCCAAGAAUUCUCAAGAUUUGCCAUUAUUCAUCGAUAUUUGAAAGCUAGUAAUGUUUGUUGGACAAAAAUAUGA